AUGGUACGGCUCAACAAAAGGCAUAAGGCAGUAUUUAUAAAAGAACAAGUAAUCAACUGUUUAGAAAGUUAUGGCUUAGAACUACAGCAAGUGUACUCCAACACCACUGACAAUGGAGCCAAUGUUAUAAAAGCCAGUAAAAUACUGCAAGACGAACAGGAAGCUAAAAUUUUGGAAGAGUCGGAUACUGCCGCAGAAGAGGAGGAAAAUUUACACCGCACCAUAGAGUCAGUAUUUUCAGUAGUAAGAUGCGCAGCUCAUACUCUACAACUUGCUGCGUAUGACGUCCUAAAGACACUAGGCUCUUCGUUGGAGGACUGUAGAACCCUUAUUAAGAAAGUGCGUACUUUAGUUCGCACGGAAUCUAGCCAUAUGCAAAUGCCAGUACUAGAUAAUUUAACGCGGUGGAACUCCACAUAUGAAAUGCUAACCUCACUGCAGAAAAUAAAAGAGUUCAUAGAGCAGCAAUGCCCUGACAGUGAAGACUUCCACUGGGAAUUUGUAGUAGACUUUAAUAAAGCUUUUAAACCUCUUGCCUUAUGUACAAAACGGAUGCAAAGCGAACAAUAUGUGGUUGGAGACUUUUACAGAGAUUGGUUGUCGUGUGAACUAGAGUUGCAUGAUCUUGGUUCUACAGUCUCAUACGCUGCGCAGCUGCAUGAUGCGAUGAAAAGCCGGAAACAAAGCCUUAUGAGCAAUAAUGCGUUUAUUGCUGCUUUAUAUUUAGAUCCUCGCUUUAAUUUUAGAGGCUCUCUCAUGUUGUCUCCACAACAAAAAGUUAAUGCCGAGAAUCAUUUGAUUAAAACCUACGAAAAUAUGCUGCGAAUGGAAAGCUCCGAAAAUUCAAUGUCAUCGAGUCCUCAAAAUCUGAAUUUGCAAUAUUCUGAAUGUUUGCCUUCUACAUCCAGCAACUCUUUUUCCCGUUUAGAAAAAUAUAUUUGUGAAGAUAUGGUAGAGACCUCAAGUGACGUAGAG